AUGUUUAAAAAGGAUAUAAACCAUGGUGGUGCAAGUACAAGUGCAGGUGCAAGUGGUGGAGGACCUGCCCAUAAUCAUGUUUUGAAUAGUCUUAAUCCACAGAUGUUUACGUCACAAAUUCCUGUGCCGUCGUCAUCGACAAACUCAAAUCUUAAAAGAAGAUCUAGUCUCUCUAAUAAUAUGGGUUUGACCGACAUGAUUAACAAAAGUAUAGUUAAAAAUAAUUUGUCGUCGAAAUAUAAUAAUUUGGAUAAUUCAAGGAAAAAAUUUAGAACUACUGUGUCAGGUGCGGACUAUUCUAACUCUAUCAAUGAUAAAAAUAUAAUGGGGAAUUCACAAUUAUCACAAAGACAUUCGAUGAUCCCUUAUUCAACAAAUGCAAACGUUAAUUCAAAUCCAACUCCAAAUAUCGCAAAUAGAGAUCCAAGACCACUGAGAGAUAAAAAUUUCCAAAAUGCUAUUCAACAAGAGAUUUAUGACUAUUUAAUACAGAACAAAUUCGAUAUAGAGGUCAAUUAUCCAAUCACAAUCAAAUCGUUAAAACAACCUACUCAAAAGGGAUUCAUAUAUAUGUUCAAGUGGUUAUAUAGCAGGCUAGAUCCCGGCUAUCAAUUUACAAAAUCAAUAGAACAGGAGGUUUAUCAAUUAUUGAGAACUUUACAAUACCCUUAUUUAGAGACCAUUAAUAAAUCACAAAUUUCUGCUGUUGGUGGUAAUAGUUGGCAUAAAUUUCUAGGAAUGUUACAUUGGCUAGUAAAAAUUAAUAUUAAAUUAGAUAGAUCUUUGAAUAGGGUAGAUCAAUCAUUGUUAAAUCAAAACACUCAAGAUGUUACAAUUUUGAAUUACCCAGUACAAAAUCAAGAAGAUCAAGAUAAAAAACAGGAUAAAUAUGAGGUCAUGAUAGAGCAACUUUGCAUUAAUUAUAUCACAGAUUGUUAUAAGAAUUAUUUAAAAGGUAAUGAAAAUUUUAAACCCAUUAAAGACGAAUUAUAUCAAGAAUUCGUAAAGUUAGAAAAUAUUUUCCAAGCAGACAUUAAAAAUUUAGAUAAUUUAAAUGAAAAAUUCUCGAUUAAAUGUAAUGAAUUAGCUAAAAAUUUCGAACAACUUAAAUUAUCAAGGGAAAAAUUUAAUGCAUUACAGAAUGAUUUAAUAAAAUUUCAAAAUUAUGUUAAUAUUAUGGAAAAUAAAAGCAUCGAAUGGCCAAUUAAAUUAGAUAAAAUGAAAUCCGAAUCAGUAACAAAACAUUCGGAGAUCGAGCAGAUUGGAGCAGAUAUCGAAAAGCUAAACGAAACUUUGAGUAAUAGAAAUAUAUCAAUUGAUGAAAUUGAAAAUAAAAAUCAAGAGAAAGAAAAUUUGACUAAAUCCCUGGAUUCAAAUUCUGAUAAGAUGGAUAAGUUGGUAAGUUCAAUCAAAACUUUGAAAAUUGAAUUAGAAGGGAUAUAUAAGGCACUAUUGGAUACAUUGAGACAAUAUAACUUAUCCCUGGAUAAUUUAAUCAAUGAAAGAUCAAGAUUGGAUCAUAAAAUUAAUAGACCAUUGUUUGUCAUUGAGUUACCAAAGAAUCUCUCAAUAAAUGGGGAUAUGUCAAUUACUAAUGAGACUUUAUUUGAUAAUAAUUUCACUAUUGGAAGUACUAUUAAAGCAAAUAUUAAUUCUUUGAAUAAUGAAAUAAUUGAACGUAUAAGGGAAAUUGAAAAAAAUAAUGGAGAAUUAGAACAUCAACUAAUAUCGUUAAAGGAAGAAGUAAUGGAUAAGAAUAGAACUAUUGAAAAAAUUGAAUUACAGUUAUCUGAAGUAAAUUCUGAAUAUGAAUUGAAUAAACAAGAAAGCGAUUCAAAAUUAUUGUCACAAGAAAUCGAGAUUGAAAAAAUAGAAAGAAAAAUCAAUGAUUCCAAUAGAAUAACGAAGGAAAAAUUAUCGGAAGCUGAGCAACUAAUCAAAUCAACAAAAUUAAAACAUGAAGAAUCACAACUAGAAAUUGAUAGACAAAGAGCUUCGUUAAAUAAAAAAGUUAUUGAAAUCAUUGAAUUUUCAAGCAAUUUUAAAAUAAAUAUUCAAAAUAAAAUUGAUUCUACAGAAACUCUUGUCAUUGACGAAAUCAAUAAUUUAAAACUAUAA